AUGGUCGCGCAACCUCCCUCAGAAAUGGGUCAACCUGUCCCGGAAACGGUAGUGGGAGAAUCCACACUGGGGCAAGCGCAAACUGCCGCUGCCACCCAGACGAAUUUCGCCAGACCUACGACACACAAUGCACUCCUUGAUCAGAUCGACCUCACCGAUCAAGAGCUGGUCGAAGACGAUGUUCCUCUUCCUGCUUACGGCAAGAUAUAUGGCGAAAUCCGCGAUGAGCAGAAUGGAACGGACACCAGUGCCUGUCUCACCGAUGAUGGCCGUGUCAACAUUCGCAUCGGUCACUUUAAUCGCCAUUUGUCCCAAGUCUUUACUCCUGCUUUACGUCAACACGUCCAAGAUGUCCAAGAUGAUAUCCCGCUCCCUCCAUACAUCCCCCCUUCCCUAGGAGGCGAUAAGAGUGUUCCUCCACCUCCGCCCUUGAACGUCGUCAUCCAGGUCGUGGGCUCUCGCGGAGAUGUGCAACCCUUCGUUGCCUUGGGAAAAGUCUUAAAAGACACCUACGGUCAUCGCGUACGUCUAGCGACUCAUCCCAUAUUCAAGGACUUUGUUCUGGAGCAUGGUUUGGAAUUCUUUAGUAUUGGCGGCGACCCCGCCCGGCUAAUGGCCUUCAUGGUCAAGAAUCCCCGCCUGAGGCCGGGCUUUCGCAGUGUAGUAAGCGGAGACGUCGGCGAGCGAAGAAAAGAUGUUGCCGAGUACAUUCAAGGCUGCUGGCGGUCAUGUUACAAAGCCGAUGAUGGAACUGACGAUAGUUUUUCCGAGCCCUCUGGGAACAACACUGGCUCAAAGCCUACUGCAAAACACUUUGUUGCCGACUGCAUCAUCGCCAAUCCCCCAAGUUUUGCCCAUAUCCAUUGCGCAGAGAAGCUAGGUAUCCCGCUUCAUAUCAUGUUCACCAUGCCGUAUUCUCCUACCCAGUUCUUCCCUCAUCCCCUGGCUAACAUUCAAGCCUCUAAUGCCGACCCUCAACUUACUAACUACAUCAGCUAUGCCAUGAUCGAACUCCUCUCAUGGCAGGUCCUAGGUGACAUUAUCAACCGAUUUCGGGCCAAGUGUCUCGGUUUGGACCCUUUAAGUACGAUCUGGGCGCCCGGGAUGCUCCAGCGUCUUAAGAUACCUCACACCUACUGUUGGUCUCCGGCCCUAAUACCCAAACCGACAGACUGGGGCUCUCAUAUAUGCAUCUCCGGGUUCUCCUUUCUCAACUUGGCCUCCAACUAUACCCCUGUUGCUGACUUACAGGCUUUUCUUGACGACGGUCCACUUCCCAUCUACAUAGGUUUCGGGAGCAUCGUCUUGGACGAUCCCAGUGCGAUGACGGAACUCAUUUUCGAGGCCGUAAGGAAGACUGGCCAGCGUGUCCUCCUUUCUAAAGGCUGGGGAGGCCUAGGCGCAGACGAGCUUCAUGUUCCCGAUGGCGUCUUUAUGCUAGGCAAUGUGCCACAUGACUGGGCAUUGCCGCAGGUCGGCCGACUUUAG